GCGUUAAUUUUCCCUCGCUUUUGCUUCAGUUGCGUUAUUUUAUGUCGACUUUGACAUUUCAGCGCAUUACCACGUGAAGUGAAAUAGCAGAUGAAAUUAGAAGAGUAAUAUCAGCGAAUUUCAUCACUAAAUUUAAUUGCACGUUUUAUAAAGUUCUUUGGCAGAAUAAACUUCAUCAGUAAAUAAACCACACUAAACGCGUACAGGAGAUCAAGUGAAAAAGUGUAAUAUUAAAUAGAAUAUAAACAAAAUGGCAUUUCGUGUGCAAUUUGAGAACAACGAUGACAUCGGCGUUUUCAGCAAACUUACAAACGCAUACUGCCUAGUUGCCAUCGGCGGCUCCGAGGCAUUCUACAGUGUAUAUGAAUCUGAAUUGGCAGAGACCAUACCGGUCGUGCAUGCCAGCAUUGGUGGUUGCCGCAUCAUUGGCCGUCUUACGGUAGGCAACCGUAAUGGACUACUUGUACCACAUUCCACUACCGAUGUGGAGCUACAACAUUUGCGGAAUACAUUACCGGAUGCAGUUAAAAUCCAACGCGUCGAAGAACGACUUUCGGCGUUGGGAAACGUAAUCGCUUGCAAUGACUAUGUCGCCUUAGUGCAUCCCGAUCUUGAUAAGGAAACAGAAGAAAUCAUCGGUGAUGUACUAAAGGUGGAAGUGUUUCGGCAAACUAUAGCCGAGAACCCGCUCGUAGGUACCUAUACAGUGCUCAGCAAUCAGGGUGGAAUGGUGCAUCCAAAAACCAGUAUACAGGAUCAAAAUGAAUUAUCGUCACUGCUUCAAGUGCCAUUGGUGGCGGGUACAGUAAAUCAGGGCAGCGACGUUCUAGCAGCUGGCAUGGUUGUGAACGAUUGGAUAUCAUUCGUCGGCAUGAGUUCUACCGCUACAGAAAUGUCUGUGAUUGAAAGUGUCUUCAAAUUAAACCAAGCCCAGCCGAGCACAGUCACAACAAAAUUGCGUGCUGCUCUUAUUGAAGAAAUGUCUUAAAUGCCGUUAAAUGUAAAAUCGAAAUUAAAUUGAAGUGUAAAGACUUUUGGUAAUAAAAUUAUUUCAGAAUAAA